AUGUCUCCUCCUCUUACUCUUGCUCUCACUCUCACAUUUCUCUCCUUAAUUUCCACAAACCUCUUCCUCUCCGAAGCUGCUUCAUCCAACAAUCAAACCUACAACAAUUUCCUCGAAUGCCUAACCGAUCAAUUCCAACGCUCAAACUCAUCUACCAACACAAUCUUCACCCCUCAAAAUGCAACCUACGCCUCCCUCUUACCCUCACAAAAUCUCCGCCAAACUUCCGCCUUGCCGGAGAAGCCCGACCUCAUCGUCACCCCACUCCGCGUGUCCGACAUCCAGGGAGCAAUCCGCUGCUCCCGGAUUCUCGGCCUUCAAAUCAAGGUCAAGAGCGGCGGCCACGACUACGAAGGCCUUUCCUACGCCUCAGCCUCGGCGCCGUUCGUGAUUGUAGACAUGAUAAACUUCCAAUCGGUAACCAUCGACGAGAAGGCGAAAACUGCACGUGUGCAGGCCGGAGCGACCAUCGGGCAGCUCUACUACGCAAUCUCCCGCACAAGCAGGACUCUCGCUUUUCCUGCCGGCGUCUGCCCCACCGUGGGCGUCGGCGGCCACUUAAGCGGUGGAGGGUACAGCAUGAUGUCGCGCAAACACUCCCUGGCCGCCGACCACAUCGUCGACGCCUUACUAAUCAACGCAGACGGCGAGGUCCUAGACCAGCGAGCCAUGGACAAAGAUCUGUUCUGGGCAAUCAGAGGCGGCGGAGGCACAAGCUUCGGGAUCAUUCUAGAAUUCACGGUGACACUAGUCACCGUCCCGGAAACCAUUACCGUCUUCAACGUGACACGAACGUUGGAAGAGAACGCGACCGAUCUCGUCGACAAAUGGCAGCACGUCGCCGACAAAAUCGACGAGAAUCUCCUCAUCAGGCUAUUCGUAAACCCUACCAACUCCCCGACGACCGGAAACCGCACAAUCGCAGCUUCCUUCACGUCGCUGUACCUAGGAAGGGCAAGCGAUCUUUUACCGGCCAUGGGUGGAAAAUUUCCUGAACUCGGAUUGACCGAGCAAGACUGCGUUGAGAUGAGCUGGGCCGAAUCCCUCCUCUUCUUUGCGAACAUCGACAACCAAACCCUAGAUGUUUUGACGGACCGGCCGGCGCAAGGCGGCCCCGGCUCCUACUUCAAAGGAAAGUCCGACUUCGUUAGCGCUCCGAUCCCGGUGAGCGGGCUGAGGGAGAUGUGGAGGUUUCUUCUAGAAGGACGAGGAGGUGUCGAAUUAGAGAUGAGCCCUUUCGGGGGGGCUCUGAGCGCUUAUUCCGAUGAGGAAACGCCGUUUCCUCAUCGGAAAGGGAAUGCGUUCAUGAUCCAUUAUGGUGUGGGAUGGGCGUUCGCGAACGAAGCAGAAGGGCGGCUUGGUUGGAUCAGAGGGCUCUACGCAUACAUGGCGCGCCAUGUCACCCGGAACCCGAGGGGUGCGUACGUGAAUUAUAGGGAUCUUGAUUUGGGGAGGAAUGGUGAAGGGAAUACUAGUUUUGGAGAGGCUAGGGUUUGGGGGGAGAGGUAUUUUAAGAACAAUUUUAGGAAAUUGGUUAGUGUGAAGACAAGAGUCGACCCCUCGAAUUUUUUCAGAAACGAGCAAAGUAUUCCUCCCUUGGCUGAAAAUGUUGUGUGA